CUGUGAUUUUUUUUCCAGCCGCCUCCAGUCUCGGGUUCGUAUUAUGGUGGAUGGGAGUUUUCUGCUCCAACAAGUCACCCCUGAGGAUUCUGGGAAAUACACUUGCAUCCCCAGCAACGGGAUGUGGAAGUCUCCGUCUGCCUCUGCCUACCUCACUGUACUGCAUCCCGCCUACGUGACUGACAUGCCGCCAGAAACCUUCCUGCCCAUCGGAAUGAGGGGUGUGAUCCGGUGCCCCGCCAGAGACCCCCCCUUGUUAUCUGUCAACUGGACCAAGGAUGGGACUCCUCUGGAUCUUGAUAAGUUCCCUGGAUGGUACCUACAAGAGGACGGGUCUAUCGUGGUGGCCAUGGGUAAUGACGACGCUCCUGGUACUUACACCUGUACCCCAUACAACAGCUAUGGCACAGCCGGCAAGUCACUGCCCACCAUGGGGAUCUUAAAGGACCCUCCAUCGUUCAUCGAUCUCCCAAAGGACGAGUACUUCCAGGAUGUGGGGAGAGAGCUCAGUCCCUGCUCGGCAUUAGGGGACCCUUCCCCCAUCAUCCGCUGGACCAAGUUGGGGAUGCCCGGGAAAAGUGUUGCUCAAAUGGACGUCAAUGGCAGUUUGUUAUUUCGACCACUCACCAAGGAGGAACAUGGCGAAUGGGAGUGCACAGCAGCCAAUCAUGUGGCAAGUAUCAGUGCACGCACCGCCGUCUUUGUUUUGGGCACCAGCCCGCACGCGGUCAGCAAUGUUUCGGCCCAGCCACUGGUAUCGGCGGUGAACAUCAGCUGGGAGGCAGGCUUCGAUGGCGGAUACUUCCAGCGGUUCAGCGUUUGGUAUGCUCCGCUGGUAAAGCGGCUGUCACACGGUCACCACGAAUGGAUCUCCCUUUCGGCGCCGGUUGGAGCCAGUUCCUUGGUGGUGGAGAACCUUCAGGCCGACAGCCCCUACCAGUUCAGUGUUUUGUCCCAGAACAAGUUGGGCAGCGGGCCGUUCAGUGAGAUUGUGACCGCCUCUCCUCUCAGUGUCCCACCCACCACAUUGCCUCCUCCUGUACCCACCACAGACUCUAGAGAUACCCUCACCCCUCCUCGCUUCCUGGAAGCCAACGAGACGUCCCGUGGAGUGCUGCUGACGUGGACACCUCCUCUGCGAUCCUUGUAUCCUCUACGUGGAUACGGCCUAGAGUGUCGGCAGGAUGAAGGAGACUGGGAGCUACUUGAUGAUGCCAUACCCACAACGCAGACCGAGCUGCUCGUUCCCGGACUGGUUAAGGACGCCAUGUACGAGUUCCGCCUGGUGGCGUUUGCUGGGGAUUACAUCAGCGAUCCCAGUAACUCUGUCAAUAUCUCCACAGCAGGGAUGAAAGUCUACCCCUCGCAGACAGAGCAUCCGGAGGUCCAGCAGAAGUCCCUGAUGGCGGGUGUAGUUGGGGGUGCCUGUUUCCUUACCCUGGCGGUUAUCCUCAGCACCAUAGUGGCCUGUUGGAUGAACCAGCGCCGGGCCAGACGAAGGCGCAAACGGAGGCAGCAAGAUGCACCAAUGGUCUUCUCCCAACCCAAGAAAGCUUCUCCUUCACAAAAUACUAAUGGUUCUAACAGCCCCGACAGUCUCGUGAGGCUCAAGCUUCAAGUGUCACCAUAUGAAAGCUUCCGCAAGUCCCUGCACUUGGGUGAGAGGACUUUGAAUAACCUCGGUGUGAGCCAUGGAAGCAGCACGAGUGGCAAAUACACCAUUUAUGAGAGUCAUGUUGGAGAGUGCGUCCCUUUGGAGAGGAUAAGCCGCGGACCUGAUGGGCGUUUUGUGGUAGAGACAGACACCCGGUCAAACAGAGGUAGCAUUCGAGGCUUUCCGUACGUGACGGAGACUGAUCUCUAUCCAGAGUUCAAUGCCAGGGACUCAUCGGACCUGAGCCAGUGCUCACAGGCCAAAACAUACUUGCAGGUUUGCCAACUGCCCGAGCGACCUGCAGAAUCCUGGAGGGAUGAAGUGAGGAUGAGACCGAAGGCUACAGGCCAGACUCGUAAGGAAGCAAGAGAAUCUGGCCACCGACAAGGGAGAUAUUUUGGUUGCAGCAGUAGCCCUUUGGAAGAAGCCAAGCCCUUUCGAAUUCCAGAUAUUAGUCCUGUCACCUCUUCUGUGCCUCUUCCAUACAGUCAGGUAGAAGAGGCACGGUGUGGAGAAUCUGCUCAGAUGGAAGGUGAUUUGGAAAGGACUAUUUCUACACUCCGAGAAUCAGAGACUGACUGUUUCUCAUCGUUGAGCACAGUAAUUCGAGCACCUUCUUUACUGUUACAAAAACCAUUAGGUCUCAGUGACCAUGCAAGCCAACUGAGACACAGCAUGUCCACGCAGAGUGGCAUCCUCCAAUACUUGAGUUUACCCUUCUUUAAAGAGAUGAGCGUGGACGGGGACUGGCCUGUGGAGGAUGAGGCUCAGACCGGAACCUCAGAGGCAAGCUCCUCAGAGGCUGAAAAGAAAGAAUCCACCAAUAAUGUACAUCUGGAUGAUAGGACAUUAAUGGAUGUUGAUGGCACGAGUGGGGUCCGUAAAGAAGACUCUCCGUGUGCUCCCCACCAGUUGCUGUCCCUUGAUUACUUGAGCUGCAAACAAGAGCAAUCUGUGCCUGUGAAGUCCUUUCUGAAACCACCAGAACCGAAUUUAGGGCCUGCAAAAGCAACCUUACCUGGUAGCCUCAUGUGGACUCAAGCACCAGAAAACGUCGAACAUUUAAAGGUAGGGCAAAGAGCACACUGGGACCAUGGAAAUGCCCACCUGGAUAAUAGAGUUGGCCACCAUAAUCCUUCCCAUUUUGACUGUUCUUUAAAAGAACAGCCACUCUCAGUGUUCACAGACUUCCAUGCUCUGGAAAAACAAAGACCACCAGUAGAUAGAUCCCUCUUUUUGCAUGGCUCUGAAAAGAUCAUGCGGAGCAGUCUGACCAGCCAGAGCAGUGGGAGAGGGAGUGUUUCGUUCCUUAGACCCCCCUCUCUCGCACAGUCUGUGGGGGGAAGCUACCUCAACUCACCAUUAGGUGAAACCUCAAGUUGGUACAGCGGCGGGGGCUCCCAGGGCUCCAGUGCGGAGGACUACAGACACAGAAAGGACUCAUUGUUGGCUACUGUAAGCAACAGGAGGAAUACAUCUGUGGAUGAGAACUACGAAUGGGACUCUGAGUUCACCCUGGAAGUUGAUCUUCUGGAUGCUCUCCAGGUUUAUCGUAGCGGUAACAGUGGCCAAACCAUUGCCACCAUCUCUGCAGGGGAGGUUGAAAGACAAAACUUAAAGCUUUCUUCAGAGGCGGCUCCAUACCCGGCUGGUUCGGGACCGGUGGAUGCGCUGGACAGCCGUUACCCUCAGGCACUUUCCAGCCCAGAAGAGCGUUGCGCAGCAUUGAAGGAAGAGUUUUUAGAAUAUCAGAGACGUAGACAGGCAGCACAGAAAAUACACACAAGAAACAAAGACUACGACGAGUGUUUUGAACAAGCGACACUGUUAUGACCCCCGUUGUUGUUCCCUAGACUGGAACAUUCAUGCGCAACAAGACCAGAAGGGACACUGUUACUGAGGUCAUUAUCAGGGGUAUUUCAUCUCUAGUCUGAGUUUACCAAUACCGGCCAAAUAAACAGCAGGGUUAUUGUCAGUGAGUAUAACCAGAAGUGCAGUGAUCUGGGAUUGAUCACCUUGGCAUUAUGUAUGACCCCAUUGCGGUUCCACAAAGUGAAAAUGAAUGGCUACAGAUCUGUAAAAUCGUAUGAUAUUCCUCAAAUCUAGCCAAACUAAACUAGAUAUUAUUCCAUUAAGACCACUGCCUGUGGCGUCACAGGGCCUGAACUUGUCCCGUACAUGGUUCACAUGGUGACAGCCCACAUCCAUAUACAAGAUAAGGAUCAAUUCUUACAAAACAUUACUAGAUGCAUAGUUGUGUCAGAAGAAAGUGCUUGCCUCUAAAGAGUUAUCUUGGAUAAGAGUAGCCAGUUGCCCUCAGAACGGCCUCUGGAUGCCUCUCAGGGGCCCAGUUUCUAGUUUCAUUUUUUGCUGUCAUUUACUGCAUUCUCAGACAUAGUUGAGGUGUGUUUGUUUUACGAACAUCUCCGUACAUGCAUAUUGAAAGAAAUAUUAGCACUGACCUUGGUGCAAGCAUCUUUGUUGGAUUGGGGAGGGUUCCCCGGGGAGCCGAAGGCAGCUGAAAGCUUUCAUCGCUUUCCUUCUCAGCUCCCUGCCUCACAGCUUAACAUCUUCACUGCCUGAAGCCACAGUGCAUACACUAUGUGUACACUCCUUAGGGGCUAUGUUGGACCUAUUUUUGAAAUAUGGAAGGGUGGACCACAGCAACCGAUAGUAGUAUCAGUAGGGAAAGAGCAGCAAUGUGAUUGGCUGUUGUGGUCACUUUGCCCAAGGAGAGAAGGACACUUGAUAGCUAGAUGCCCAGGAUGAUGACACGGAUGAUCAUUAUUGGUCAUAUUGGCCAAGGUUUCAGAGUCUGUGGACAGAUUUUUCGACCAGCUGGUGUUAAAUGUUUAGUAGACACUUGAAGGGGUUUUAUGGGUGCCCUAUUAAGGCCUGUGGCGGAACAUUGAGGGAACAUCCUUCAUUAGUACCCCUCACUAUAUGUCAGAGCUGAAGACUGCCAGCGCCCUUAGAUCUGGUACUGGUAAAAAUUAUUCAAAAAUCAGUUUUAUACUCCAACUCUAUUAGUCAUUGACGUGACAUGAUGGAAGGAGUGUUGUGCUCACAGUAUACUUCAGAAUCAAAGCUCUGAGUCAAUCAUAAAACCUAUCUCAAAUGUUUCACAAUGAGGAGGCAUGAGGCACCAUGUGCCGCAUAGAUCUGUCAUGAUUAUUUUCUCCUCUAUGUAAAAGUUGGAUUCCGUGGAAGCUGUAGCCAUUAGGUCUGGUUGCUUCAGAUGCCGUCUAGACCUAGAGUCGAGAUUAAGAGCAGGUGGCUGUGGUUAUUAUGUACAUCAUCAUCAUUAAGCGUCAUCUACAGAUGAUGUUAUCAGAUACACAUUGAUGUUUUUCGUUAACCAAUUCUGGGACAUGUGGCAAAAAGAUCUGCUUAUGAAGGCAUUAAACUAAAAAUUGAGCAAAUUUUUUGUUGACUUCAUUUUAGGAUAAAUUAUGUAAAAUCUGCUACUGUAAGUAACUUCCACCUACCAUUUUGCAUUGAGCACAGCUUUAGGGUGCCUUCACAUCUGGCGGAUUUGGAUGCAGAAAAUUUCAGCGACUGAAAAUCAGUUCCUUUAAUUUGAAUUAAACUUGCAGAAAUUCAUGCGCUUUUCUGAAACCAAAUCUGCCGCUUGUGAGGGCACCAUUCCGUGGAUGGGGUGGAAGGUGACCGGGGAUAGAAACCUGGGAAUCCUUCUGUUGCCGUAUGGUUCGUGCUGCCACCACUGUACGGCUGCUCCUUCCUGUAUGUUUUCAUCUUUUAUUCUUUCUCUCCCAUUUGAUUUGUGGUUAGUGUUGUAAUGUUUAGUAUUAUGUUCUGUUAUUGUCUUUGUGCUUUACUUUUGCUCCUGAACGUUCAUCCAUCUUUUUAUAAGCCUCGUUUCUCAGGGCAUCUUCGCAUUCUCUUUUCUGUUGACCGCUGCCUUCCUGGGUAGCUUUUAUCUGGCACUAGUUUUAUAGACCCUCUCAUCAGUAAAGGGGUUGUCCAGGAAUUUUAUAUUGAUGGCCCAUCCUCUCGAUAGGACCUGUUUGAGCAGACCACCCUGUUAUCUAGAUCUCCUUUGACAGACUACGGUGCCAUCUUCUACUAUGCGUCUUCUUACAGAGGACUAAUUUUGGGUGGUGAUCUCAAAAUGGUUGUUAUGUAAUUCAUUCCAGUAUUUUCAUUCCCAGCUUCCCUAUUCCACCCACCGAAAUCUUAAUCUACUUCCAAUAAGGGUGGCCAUGUACAUUCGACUAAGGUCGGCUGGAUCUGCUGGCAGUCAUUCUGUCGGGGGAAAAAAAGGGGAUUGCUCAUGUUUAAUUCCAACAUACCACGACUAGAGAUGCCACCAGGAACCCCGGCAGUUAGAGAAGGUGAAUGGCCAGAUUUAGGUUUACGUGUAACCCCAAAUUAAGGCUAGUUUCACACUAGUGUUAGACAUCUCCGGCAGGCUGUCUGGAUCUGGCACUGCCCGACCCUCGCUCUAUUCACUAUAUUGGGGACCAGCAGAGAUCCGGUUGCAAGUCAGCAAACAUGCCGAGAAUCGGCGCAGUGGUUUUCAUCUGGCCGAUUCUCAGCAUAUUUGCGGAUCUCCACCGGUCCCAAUUAUAGUGAAUGAGGCCAGAUGGUGAUGAGGUAGCUUCUGGCAAUGCCGGAAUGCAGAGAGGUCUGCUGGAUCUCAAAACGCUAGUGUGAAACUAUCUUAAGUCCUUCUUUCUUCACAUAUGCUGUCCUUCGCAGCGCUUCCUCCUCACUCCUUCACAACAGCUCUUCUCUUUUCAUCUUCUCUGACAUAGUCCUCUCAUGAUACUUCUCUCCCAGGCAUCCUACUGCCAGGCUCCUAUCAGUUCAUGACUAUGUACUGUCCUAGUGGACAAUCAUCUAGCCCUUCUAGGAGUUUGUUCUCUGGUCAUCUUCAGCCCUACUUAUGGUCCUUUCACAGUUCUUCUGAUGACUGUUCUCUCCUCGAGAAAUUCCCCAUAGGGACGUUUCUUCAAGGUCUUUUACUGACUCUCUGAACAUCUUCUUUACCAGUCUUUUUGGUUCUUUGCGUUGCAUUCAGGUUAAGGUCCUCGUAUUACUCAGCAUUAAUAAAGUAAAAUGAUAGGGGGUAAAGUGCUGGGACUUCACUGGCAGCAAUGCCAUGUUUCUGCCCUAUCCGGUUUUUCGUUCUACAGUUUUUGUACCUCAGUGUUUGUGCUGUACCAUUGCCUCCUCUCUUUCUCAUACAUACUGUAUGUGUGUUACAGCAUUCGAAACGUAUUACCGUAUUUUAAACUUUAACAUGGCAAGAUUUCUAUAGACAAAGAGCUAUUCCAGUCUGAGGUGACAGUCCCCCUACUUGUUCAGAUUCUUACUCCGAUGUCCAUAGGGGGCAGUAUUAUACCAGAUAGUGCUAGUUGAGUAAACACAUCACGCUGGUUUGGUCAGGACAUCAACUUAAGGCCCCUUUACAUGAUUUAGCAGACGAUUGUCGGGAGGGAAGGCUUCCUUCCCGGCAAUCGUCUGCUCUUCACCAGGGGAGACCGCUUCUAUUACAUGCAACGAUCUCCUCCACUGUAUGAGGAGGAGCCAUCGCUAAUGACAUUGCUCGUCGCCAUACUGAAUCGUUGCUUGCCGGCAGCAGAUCAUGAUUAGAUGGCACAAUCUGCUGCCAGAAUUUCACCCGUUCAUCGGCGGCACCUUUACACUGACACAUAAACCUACAAACGCGAUUAUCUGUCCGAUUCUCAGCCUGUGUAAAGGGCUUAUCAGUAUGGAUUUGAAAUCUGCGUCGAGAAGUAACAUGUCCAUUCUUGAUGCCUAAACCAGGCAGUAACUAAAGUCUGUAAUUAACCUUGACUGAAUGGGCCUAAUCCAUGUGCAGACCCACCGCAGUGUGACCUACAGAAGAAAUCAUGUGAGGGCAAGCCUUUGAUUUCUCCUGCGGGUUCCCUGAUGGAUUUUUCCAAACGGCCUAAGAGUGGUGUGAACAUACCUUUAUACAAAGUGCAGCACAAGGAACAGACGCCCAAAAUAAUUGGGCCAUACUGAUGCAUGACGGGAGGGACCUCAUCGAUGACUGGAAUUGUCCUUUACCUAGUAGAAUGACACACCAUCCAUACGUACGAGACUUUACCAUGAGACUGGUCAUUUCCAUCUAUUCCUUGUACUGUUCACAUUCCUUGUAAAAACUCAAAAAAUCCCUUCACAGAUUUGCUCUUCUAUAUCUCGACUUGUACAGUAAACGGGGAGUAACCCAAAGACCCUUACACGAGGAAGCCAACACUUUGUACUCUCCGACUUCCUCCAAUAUUAUUAUCAAAUUUUUUUUUUUACAAAAAAUACAAAAAUUUACAUUUUCUGUAUAAAGGGAAAUGUUAAGAAAAAGGUUUUGUUUUUUUGUAUUUUUUUUAAACCGAAGUUGAAAUCUAUCUGGUACCAAUGAGAAUUUUUCUGGUAUUGUAAAAAUAAUUGUAUGUAUAGAGAAAUACAAGAUAUUUUUAUAGGACAAAUUUUUUUGCUAUUUUGGA